CAGGAAAUAAAGACAGAAAUACGUUUUUUUCUGGACAAAAGACCCUGAACCUAAAUAACUGUAUUGUCCGAAUAACUGCAAGUUCCGAGUCAAAGCUCUAUUUGUUAGGCAAUCUGGCCGCAAGGGUACCUAGUACAUCGACAUUGGCCCCAUUUCCGACGCCAAUCUCGAUUGUGUCGCAAGCUCUAUAGGAGGCUCCAAAUUGUACUUUCCCGCCAGCGCGUGGGUUUUUUUUUUAUUUUUUUUUCUUCUUCUCGAUUUCCACUUCUUCACCCUCACCUCAAGCACUGAAACGACGAAAUCGCGACGCCGAUUCGACUUCUACUAGAAACCACCUAGGCGGUGCAAGCCGGCAUUAUACCAUAUAGCAGCUAGGCGUGCCAGAUUUAUCACCUCGUCUUGUGGUUGCGACAACCCUCGAUCAGCCACGAACGCGCAAGGCGCCUGCUGCGGCAACGAAAGCGAACGCCUGUUUCGCAAACUAGCCCCAACUCCGACUACGCACCUACAAUAACAUACGGGCUUGGCCCUGGCCGCUCGACCGUGAGCGAUCAUCUUGGAUCGAGACGGCCGCAGCGCCCCGGGAAGAAAAAGCAUCCGUCACUAUGCAUCUCCCAUAUCCAGCACGCAAAGAUUCAAAUGCGGCGCGGUAUAAGCCGGCCAGGCCGCCAUCAUCCUCCGCUGGCUACAUACCGCCUAUUCUUCGGCGGAUCAGGUUAAGGGGAGGAUUGAUAAUUGCCGUCGUCACCUUUGCAUGCUUCUAUUUCUUCUCUUCGAUAUCUCGCGGCAGCACAGCGAGCAAGAGCACCAAGCGUAGCGGCACACAGCGCCCCAUAACUACGCACGCCCCCACGGGCAACCCGCCCGCAGUACUUGUCACGGUUAUGGACUCUGGCCUCCACAGCAAUUCGUAUCUGCAGACUCUCAAGGAGAACAGGUUAACGUACGCCAAGAAGCAUGGUUACGAGACAUGGUUUCCCGACGUCUUUGAGUACGACCUCAAGGGAGCACCUACAUCGUGGUCAAAAGUGGUGGCCAUGAGGCAUGCCCUUACCAAGUUCCCGGAUGCGACCUACUUCUGGUUUCUGGAUCAUGACACGGUUAUCGUCAAUAUGGAGCCGACGGUGGAGGAUUCGUUAAUGAAUGCAAAGGCCAUAGGGGAUGUGAUGAUUAAGGAUCACCCAGUCGUGCCACCUGACAGCAUCAUCAAGACGUUCACGCACCUGAAGGGAGGGGACGUCGAUCUUGUUCUUACCCAAGACAAGGUCGGUCUUUGUGUCGGCAGCUUCAUUGUACGCAACGGAGAGUGGGCCAAGUUCUUCCUAGAGACAUGGUUUGAUCCCAUCUACCGAAGCUACAAUUUCCAAAAGGCUGAGACGCAUGCUCUGGAACAUAUCGUCCAGUGGCAUCCGACCAUUUUGUCAAAGCUGGCAAUCGUACCGCAAAGGUACAUCAACUCUUACAAUACGGACGAGUCUGGGGAAGCUUACCAGGUUGGUGAUAUGGUUGUCAGAUUUCCCGCCUGCCCCAAGGUUGGGUACCCGGCAUGCGAGGCCGAGGCAGCGAAAUAUGAAAAGCAUUGGCGUGGCACCAAAUCAUGACAAGGCGCCCAAGAGGGCUGAGGACAGCAGUUAUGCGGAUAUUCAGUACACUUUAUUCCCGACCUUGGAUACUGCAGCCCAAACUAGUAUCUUUUUUAAACUCCUUAUAGCUUUUUUAUAUUUUAUCAUGCAUCAAGUUUUUGUUUUCACCACUUGUUUUUUCACGCCUCAUCAGUUACUUCAUGCUCAUCGGUGAGUACUGAACGACAACGCAACAAAUACAUCCCGACGUCUAUUAUGCGGUUGAUGUACCAUGCAAUGAAGGGAUCUACAGUGGCGUCAAUUGGGAG